AUGAGAAAUCAUUAUUACCGAUUGAUUUCCUAUUCAUAUAAAUGUUAUUAUUCCUAUAACAAAUUUCCGUAUAUCAUUAUUACAGCUGUAUCGAUUAAUUGUUUCACGUGUAAUCCAUGUCCAACACCAUUUAAUCCCAGAUCCAAUUUAAUUCUAAAUAAAACAAACUGUAGAUGGUGUGCUAAAGUUGAACCUACUGGUUUACCAUUUGUAUUAAGAGAUUGUGUUGAUAAAUGUGAAUCGAAUUCAUGGUUCUAUUUGUUCAAUAAAUAUUCUUAUAAUUGUUGUACAAGAGAUUAUUGUAAUAAAACUUCAACAAAUAAUCCAACUUUACAAAUGAUUGUGAUGUUAAUUAUUGCCAUUUGUUUCUAUAUGAAAAAAACAAGUUCAAAAAUCUAA